AUGGAAAGAUUGAGGAUUCCACUAAGUGAUAUAACCUUUGCCACAAAAAAUUUUAACAAAAGAUUCUGCAUAGGGUCAGGCGGAUAUGGUAUAGUGUACAAAGCAGAGCUUGAACAUUUAGAUAUCCGAAAAAUAUCAUCAUCAGACUGGGACAACAAAAAUGAACUGCCAAAAAAGCGUAGCACUGUAGCUAUAAAGCGCAUCUUCAACAAGGAAGGUGAGGAAGGGUUUUUCAUGGAAAUUAAAACACUUACUAGUUGUAAUCAUCCAAACAUAGUCUCCCUUCUUGGGUUUUCAAGGGAAAAUGGUGAAAUGAUCCUUGUCUUUGAGUUUGCUGCGAAAGGAAGCCUUGAUAAUUGUUUGGAAAACAAUACAAUGGCUAAUGUUACAUGGGCACAACGAGUACAUAUAUGUCUUGGUAUUGCAAAAGGAUUGAAAUACCUUCAUGCCAACUGGAAGGGUAAACGAAGGAUAGUACACCGAGACAUAAAGAGUGCAAACAUUUUGUUAGAUGGGAAGUGGAAUGCAAUGGUUGCCGAUUUUGGGCUCUCCAAAUUUCACCCUGAGAACCAUCAUGUAAGCACAAUUUAUACCACGCAUGUUGUAGGCACAGAUGUGUACCUAGAUCCCGAAUAUUUAUCUGCAUACAAAUAUAAAAAAGAAUCUGACAUUUACUCUUUUGGAGUAGUCUUAUUUGAGAUGUUAUCUGGAACAUUGGCCUAUGAUUCAAAUUACUACCUGGGCGAUGACAAGGGGCUACCUACUGUUGCAAGAAGAUGUUUCAAAGAGGGAAAAAUAAAAGAAUUGAUUGAUCCUAAUAUGAUGGUAGAAGUUAAUGAACACACCUUUACAGUAAAUAAAGGACCUAAUCAAAAGUCUUUGGAUGCAUUUACAAAAAUUGCAUAUCUAUGUUUGGCAGAAACUCAAAUUAACCGCCCAAAAAUGGAAGAUAUCAUUAAGGGACUUGAGGAUGCAUUACGCUUUCAGGGAAAACCAUUCGUACUCCAAAAGUUUCAACUAAGCGCUAUAGUCUCCGCAACCAUGAAUUUUGCAGCUAAAUGUUGUGUUGGGGAAGGCGCGUAUGGUAUGAUGUAUAAUGCAAGACUUGAUCAUUUUGAUACCCAAAGUUUAUCCAAAAUAGAAGGGAUUAAUGGCAGUGAACUGUCCUGGAGAUGCAGCAAUGUAGCUCUAAAACGCAUCUUUAAUAGAGAAGACGAACAUGGUAAACAAGGGUUCUUUGAAGAAAUUGAAAUGCUUGCCAAUGUUAAGCAUCCCAAUAUAGUCACUCUUCUUGGUGUUUCAAGUGAAAAUUGUGAGAUGAUUCUUAUAUACAAUGACGCUUUUAAAGGAAGCCUCCAUGAUUGUUUAGGAAACUCUGAUAACAUGGCUGAACUUACUUGGGAAAAACGUAUAAAAAUCAGCCUUGAUAUCGCACAAGGAUUAAAUUACCUUCAAACCAGUCCAGUGGAUAAACAAAAGAUAAUGCGGUUUGAUAUGAAUAGCGCCAACAUUUUAAUGGACUCUUGUUGGAGUGCGAAGAUUGCUUGCUUUUGGCUCUCUACAUUAAACACCGCUACUAAUGUAACCAACUCCCGCAAUUUCAGAAAAGUGCAAUCGGAACCUGAAUAUUUGAAAAUAGAGAAGAUGAAAAAAGAAUCUGUUAUUUACUCAUUUGGAAUAAUUUUAUUUGAAAUCCUGUGUGGCAAGGUACAAUAUGAUGAAAUUUACUAUGUCGAAAAUGAGAAGGGGCUUCCUACUAUUGCACGGCGAUGUUUUGAGAAGGGAACACUUUUAAAGGAAAUGAUAGAUCACGUUUUGAAGAAAAAAGUUGGGGAAAAUUCUUAUAGACUUGAUGAAAACAUCAAUCAGUAUUCUUUUGAUGCAUUUUCAAAAAUUGCAUAUCAUUGUUGUUCAGCGACAGAAGCUUCUCGUCCAUCAAUGGAAGACAUCAUCAUGGAACUUAAGAACGCGCUUAAAAUGCAAGUAAGUCAUAGUUUUUUGUUAAUAUUAUUAGAACAUCCUGUAUGGGGCGUGGAGAGGGGGAGGGGAAGCCCUUCCAUGCUCCCUACACCACCACGAACAUGGCGUUUAGGGCGUGGUCCCUUUGGGGAUUUGUCGCGGGGGAGGUGGUGA